CGGCGGCAGAGCGGGCGAGCGCGCGCGAGAUCGCGGCGAUCCGGAGGGCGGGGACCGCGCACGGUCCACUCCGGGGCUGUGCGGAGGCGCGGGCUCUGGGCUCCCGGCUCCGGGCGGCGGAAGCGGCGCCUCCAAUCAGGCGGCGGGCUCGCGACCCUCGGCGCGCCCGGCCGGUGCCGCCCGCCCCGCGGACUGACUGACGCGCCGGCUCGCCCCCGCCCCCGCGCCCGCCCGCCCGCCCGCCCCCGCCUCGUCUCCGCUGGCUCGGCACAGACUGCGCUCCGCUCCACUCCGCUCUCCUCUCCUCUCCUCCAGCCUCGCCGGGCCCUCUCCCUGCCAGCCUUUGCUCCUCGGCUGCGCGGCGGCAGUGGCCCGCUCGCUAGGCAGCUGCAAGCGACCUCAGAGGCGGCGGCGGCGGCGGCGUCGGGGAGGAUGAAGUGCAAGCCGAACCAGACGCGGACCUACGACCCCGAGGGCUUCAAGAAGCGCGCCGCGUGCCUGUGCUUCCGCAGCGAGCGCGAGGACGAGGUGCUGCUGGUGAGCAGCAGCCGCUACCCCGACCGCUGGAUCGUGCCGGGAGGGGGCAUGGAGCCCGAGGAGGAGCCGGACGGCGCGGCGGUGCGCGAGGUGUACGAGGAGGCGGGAGUCAAGGGGAAGUUGGGCCGCUUGCUGGGCGUCUUCGAGCAGAACCAGGACCGCAAGCACCGGACCUACGUGUUCGUGCUCACCGUCACCGAGCUGCUGGAGGAUUGGGAAGACUCGGUCAGCAUCGGCAGGAAGCGCGAGUGGUUCAAGAUCGAAGAUGCCAUCAAGGUCCUGCAGUGCCAUAAGCCCGUGCACGCCGAGUACCUGGAGAAACUGAAGCUGGGCGGCUCCCCUACUAAUGGGAACUCGGCCGCCCCGUCCCCGCCAGAGAGCGAGCCCUAAGUUCUUUUUGUGGAAUAUGAACUCCCUGAAGAUUAGAACCCAACCUGAAUCCAGCCUAACUCCAGGGCCUCAAAAGAGGGGCUAAACUUCAGAGAUAUUUGUUAUUGACUUACACAUUAGAAAUGUCUACUACCAGUGAAUUUCCAAAUUUUCUCUUUUAAGCUUUAUAACAUACCCAGGGGACUUUAUUUCUUUAGCCUCUCACCUGUGCUUACAGUGGAACUUCAAAUGGAUAAUUCACUGCAGGCUUUUCCAGUAUAAAGGGUUGAUGAACCAUACUAAAUCCUCAGUAAAUAUUUGUUGUUUAGACUCUACAGGAAUGGACAAACCCGUAAAACCUUUAUUAAUCAGAUUAUCUUUUUUUAGGUGAAUGGAAUAAAUGUUAUUGAGAUUUACUUUGAGAGAAUCAAGUAUGUGAAGCCAGUGAUGAAUGGAAUUGUGAAGCACAGGUGAGCUCUUUGACCCCCCCAAGGACACAGCUCAUCCUAUGCUUUUGGACACUUCUUUCCUGGUAUUAACAAUGGCUACUCUUCAGGUUGUUGCACUACCACUGUAUCUGUACAGAAUUCUAUUUGGCACCUGUGGCCUUUGUGUGCUUUUGUUUGUAUUUCCCAUCAGAUUUGACCGUGAAUGCAAAGAGCGUGCUUUCUUAGUCUUUUUAUAUCUAGCAUACAUUACUUGAUAUAUGGUAGGCGUCACUGAAUAUUUGUUUAAUAUUUUGUAAUGAUAAUGAAUGGUGAAACAUCCCCCUUCUAAUAUCUCUAGCAUAUAUGUGGCUUUUGUAUUUCAAGGCAGCUGUGAGAUAGGAGCAAAAAUGUUGUUCAUAUGUCUGUGUUAUCCCAGACAUUAUGUAUCUCCUACAUUUGCCAAAAUUUUGACCUAAAUUUGACUGUGCCUCUUGACAUAAUUUCUCCUCUAUAGAAAAUGCAGGAGACAGAGAAACAGUUUACUAUAUAUCAAACAGAUGAGAUUCAUGGAAUCUUCAGACUCCAAGAAAACACAGGACAGAUGAUCCAGUUUCUUCGGUAUAUUAGUCACAAGGAUGAAAGGAAAAGGUGGAGGCUGAACCUGUGGGUUGAGAAAGGCUUCAGAGAAUGAUCAGUACCUAUAUGGAUCUUAUCUCGAUCCUGAUUUGAUCAAACUAGAAAUGAGUGAAUUUAUCAGACAACUAGAAUACUUUGAGCAUUGGCUGGAUAUUUUCAUGUUGAUUAUUAUAAUACUAUUGUUAUAUUGGAAUCAAGAAUACUUAUCUGCAUUCAAAUAUUUACAGUUGAAAUGAUAUAAUGUCUGGGAUUUGCUUCAAAAUAUGUCUUGAUAUUAAAUACACUGGACAUAACUCAAACAAGAUUGGCCUUUAAGAUCAUCUAAGCUCAGUGAUAAUUAAACGAUGUUCAUUAUAUAUGUUCAUCUCUGCUUUUGUAUGUUUGACAUUUUCCAUAAUAAAAAGUUAAUCAAAAUCAUUGGAAA